AUGGCUACCUGUAAAGAAGCCAAUACUCCUAUGGCAACCUCUUGUUACUUAGAUAAGGAUGAAUCUGGAGAAAAAGUGAAUCAAACUAUGUAUAGAGGAAUGAUAGGAUCUCUGUUGUAUUUUACUACUAGUAGAGCUGAUAUUAUGCAGAGUGUUUGUGUAUGUGCUAGGUACCAAGAAAAUCCCAAGGAGUCUCAUUUGACUACGGCUAAGAGAGUGUUAAAAUAUCUUAAAGGAACCACCUCCUUUGGACUUUGGUAUCCUUCUGAUGCUACACCUAGUUUGAUAGGUUAUUCUGAUGCAGAUUAUGGGGGCUGUAAAAUAGAUAGGAAAAGUACUAAUGGUACUUGUCAUUUUCUGGGUUGUUCUUUAGUGUCUUGGCACUCAAAGAAACAAGCAUGUGUAGCCUUCUCUACCACUGAAGCUGAAUAUAUAGUUGCAGGCAACUGUUGUGCCUAA